AUGGCGUUCAUCAAGUCCUCCAUUGUCAAGCUCCUCGCUGUCGGUCUCGCUUCCCUCGCCGACGCCGCGCCCUUCAACGUAACGAACCAGACAACCACGCAGCAAACCGUCACGAAAAUCACCAUCGUGCGGGUGACUUCUACUUCAACCAGGGUGCAUAUCGCCACGGCCACUCUCAUUCCCAGUGCCAAUAUCACCACUACAAACGCGACGACAGAGACUGCUAAAAUCACCGCGAGUCUCACUCCAAGUGUCAAUAUCACCUCUACAAACAUGACGGCAGAGACUGCUACUAUUACAGCGAGUCUCAUCCCCAAUAUCACCACCACCACAAAGGUGGCGACGCCAACGUCAAAGAAGUUGCUCCCACGGACUACCGCUAAAAUAUACGACUCGGACCACCCGUCGGAAGACGAUAACGUGGUCAAAGCGGAGCAAUUGAGCAAGCUUCAGUUUGAAACCACCGACCCCGAGCUCGCCGAGCCCACCGGCAACACAACCGCCAACCUGACCAAGAUUGAGCUCCUCAACAGCGUCCUCAAGGACAACAACAACAACAACCGGUCCUUCCCCAGCGCCGCCGCCGGCACCAAAUUGGGCCUGUUCGACAGGCCGAUGCCCCGCUUCCAACCUCAGGUUGACGUGGGCGGCAUCUGGGUCGGCCUCAUCAACGCGACGCCGUACCGGUGGCAAAUGUCCAGCGUCAAGACCUGGAACAUCAAGGGCAACUUCGCCGAGAAGCUGGCCCACUCCAUCGAUCCCGGCCAGUCCGUCAGCGCCAUCGCCUGGACGCGCGAGCUCAACAGCCGCGCCGAGGCCGUGUACCGGCUCGUCGGCACCCGCGAGGAGUCGUGGUUCACCCUCAAUAUCGCCGAGGACCGCCCCCACCGCAUCACCGUAGAGUACGGCGGCGCCCUCCGCACCGUCGGCAACGCCAACGGCACCGCGGUCGUCGACCUCGGCGUGCACGACGGCGUCGUGAGCCCCGCGUUCGUGCUCGCCGGCGCCGAGGGCCGCUUCUUCGCCAACGACAUCGACACCGCGUGGAUGCGCGCCACGCUGCCCGAGAUCGGCACCCGCACGCUCCGCGAGGUCACGCUGCCGCGCUCCCACCACUCGGGCAUGUACGCGCUCACCAAGCGCCUCGGCCUCGGCAACGCGGCCAACACGCUGACGCAGGACUACGACGUGUACACGCAGAUGGCGCGCGGCGGCGUGCGCGUCAUCGAUUGCCGGCCGGCGAUCGGCAAGAACGGGAGCGUCUUCGAGGCCCACGGCACCAAGCUACUGGGGCUCUACCACGGCGGGCUGGGCAUCACGCAGGCCGAGCUGGUGCGCCAGGUGAACCAGUUCAACGACGACCACCCGGGCGAGCUCGUCAUCAUCGACGUCGACGGCAGCGAGAUGCGCGACGGGCGCAAGUGGUUCAACCCGAUGGACGCCGCGGCCGUCGCCGAGGUCGUCGAGGGCUUCACGCACCUCAAGCACCGCGCCUACAUCACGCCGGGUAAGGACCUCUCCCAUCUGCCCCUCAACCGACUCAUCGGCGGCGGCGAGUCCGCCGUCAUCGUCCGCAUGGAGGAGUCCCGCAUCCGAGACGUGCCCUCCUGGCCCGGCGCCCGGGAAGGCUUCGUCACCUCCGCCGAGCUCCCCCUGCGCAAGCGCUACUCCGACGCCGGCAACGGCGCCAAGCUGCUCAGCGACCAGGUGCGCGCGCUGCGGCAGGCGCGCGUGGGCGGCGCCAAGUGGCCGCUGUACGGCAGCGAGUUCAUCGUCACGCUGAUGGGCCUCGAGCUCGUCCUCGGGGCGAGCAUCACCGAGGUCAACCGGCAGGCGUGGGACAUGCUCGUCGAGCGCUUCUGGCCGGCCUUUGCCGACGACUUCUACCCCAACUGGAUCACCAUGGACGCGGUGCGCGGCGACGGGCUGCGCGCGGUGGCGGUCGCGGUGAACCAGUGCUUCGUGGCGAAGCGCUGCGGCACGCUCAGCGGGCGCGUCAGUGCCGCCAAGGAGUUUGUGCUGAACGCGCCGCUCGCCGCCCGCGAUGUAGGGGAGGUUCUCAACGGCACCGUCUCGGUGGACAAGACCGUGCUGGCUUGGAACGCCGGCGACGAUGACGACGACGACGAGGCAGUCGAUGACGAUGAUGGCAGCGUCGAAACACAGGAUGAGAUGCAAAGAGCAGAUUAG